CUCGACACAAAGAUAGAAAUAGGAAUGAUUUUCGAACUGCUUCGAGCCUCGUAGCGGCGUUUUGACAGGCAGCUGGGGAGCAGGGAAAAGGUUGCUGCUGUCAAAUGUGAGUUUGACUACUAACCAUACAUAGAUACGGAUCUACAUGUGCCAGUUCAUACACCGAAUAUGGCGCAAACGAACUUUCUGGAUUAGAUCGCAGGGUCUUCGGCUCUGGAGAGCAUAUUUCAGGAUAUAUUUCCAUGUAUAAGCGGCCCGAGGCAUUAACCUUUCGUGUCCUGCGCCGCUCUCGUGAUUUUCCCGCCCUCUUACCCCUUUGUAUGUUGCUGGAUCGAUACUGCAUCUACGAUCGCGUGCAUCGCGUACAUUAUUUAUUUGCCAGCACUUUUUACGAUGUACGACGUACGUGCAUCGCUGGUUCAUACAAUACCGACAACGUCUUCCCUCCUGCACCAUGCAUUACCUCAUCGGCUUUGACCUGCUCUCUCUGGACACAAACUGAUAUGCCGCGAUCAUUCCUCUUACCCCGUCUGCUGGUUGCCCCCUUCGGUGGCAAGGAAUGACUUGCGUGCCCGCGGACGCCUAUAUCAUAUGACUCAGAUGACUAAUGACUCAGAUUUGAAUGAAUAAAACUAU